UAUGAGUCGGUGUUUAACUUUUACUGAACUCCACCUUUAAAUAUAGCAAUGAAUGGAGUGACAAGAUCGGAGGAUAAAUCAUACCGUGGUGUCAUCUGCAAAAAGAGGGAUUUGAUAAUCUGACGACAGAGAGUGCUGCUGCAACGGCUGGUGCUCGGAGACAUGCAGAUGAUUUCACUCCUCCCUUUCUUUCCACCUUCUUUGCUCGGCACCUUUAUUUAACAUUUGUACUGUUUUGGUGAUCUUGUGGCGAGCUGGAAGUCGUCUGGUCGUUAUGGUGGAACUGGACUAAAGGACUGUCUUUUUGCUGGAUUCUGCAACUGCCGAGAUUUCUACCUCCGGAAUUCUAUUGGUGUGCCACAGGCGAGAUGAGUGACAGCUCGGGAACCGUGAACAACUCGGGGGCUAUGGUACUGGAGGAGCCCGAUGGGAGAGGCGGCUCUGGUGGACGUGAACAAGCCCAGGCCCCUGUGCGUGGUGGCAUUUUAAGGUGUGGGAGCUGUGCCCUUUGGCCCCGCCAACAGACCUGGCUCUGUGUGGUUCCGCUUCUCAUUGGCUUCAUAGGCCUGGGGCUCAGUCUCAUGCUGCUGAAAUGGAUCGUAGUGGGUUCUGUGCGGGACUAUGUGCCCACAGACUUGGUGGACGCCAAGGGUAUUGGCCAGGACCCCAUCUUUCUGUCUAAGCCUAGCACUUUUCCUAAGGGAUCUGACACCACCACCACUACAACCACUAUUGGUGGUGUCAGCUCGGUCAGCCCCACCGUCACCUCAGUGGUGCGGAGCAGGACUCGAACGGGAACUCCUCCAAACAUUCCUCCUAGAGGCAGCGGGGCAUCCGGCAGUCAGGUGACACAGAAGAGCCCCUCUACUCGCUUUGUCACACGUAAUCCCACCUUUACGACCACCGUGGUCUCUACCACCACAUCUACUGUCCAUAUGUCCACAUCCAGCCCCUCUCCCUCCAACCCAGCAGUCCUAAACGACUCCACCCAAAUGUGGACCAGAGAGCAGUCAUCCGAGAGGCAUGUGACCACGCCUGGUCGAACCCAUGUCAGCCGCAAGACACGUAAGUUUGAUACUUUAUUAUCAGUUCUUCCUGGUUUUGCUAUGGCAAGAGCUGUGCAGUUCUACUGCUGUUGUGGAGUAUUGGUGAUCAGACAGUUUUUGUUGACUUGCUUUGCAGAUUGCAGUUUUGCAUGGUACUGUUAG